UUUUUGAACGAAGAAACUUACGUCAAAUUGAUUGAUUUUUCUAUUUCCAUUUUUAUUUCGUUUGUUUGCAUUUCAAUGCGAAAACUUUAGAGUUGUAUUCGAUUGUUGUUAAAAAAUGGAUAAAAUAUAUUUUUCUACGAGAGGCUAAUAAAGCUCAAACAUGAACGUCUUAGAGAAAGCUGAAAAAGCUUUAGAAUAUCUUAAAGCAAACGAAGGUUCUGCGAAAGUUCAUGAGCUCCAAACGGCUGCUGGAACUCUGGGCAGAUGCCUGGGAGCUUUAGGAACUCGCUCGAAUUGCGCUCGGCAUUAUGCAAAUUUGUUACACUCAGCAAUUCCAACUUUAUUGUUUUUAGCCAGCCAUGACAGCGCUGAGGUGCGUUUGGUUGGCGAUGAAGCUCUCAAUAGAGCCGUAGUCGGAGGUUUCGCAUUCCAUUCACACAAAACUAAUAUUAUACUUCAAAAUCAGAUUGAUCACAAAAGGAAUGCCAGAUGGAUCCGUGCAGCUUUAUCUCGUAUUUGCCUUGGAGAAUGUUGGCUCCGUCCUGGUGUUGGCAAGAUUCGAAAUCAAGCCCAGUUCCUAUUUCCAAAAUUAAGUCAGAUAGUGAAAGAGACAAAUGAAAUUCAACUCAUUGUGGAAGCAUUAGAGAGUAACCUGCCUCGGCUCCUAAAUGCCUUGGGUGAAUAUACUUCAGAUGAAGAGAUUUCAGAACUGUCAAAAGCAAUUCUAUUGCACGUAGAAACGACUGAAGCAUCUGUGAGGAGAGGCAUAGCGACAUGCAUAGCGCACAUGUGCUCACACAGAGAAGCCUUGCUUACUAAUGUCCUACAGAAAGUGUUUGAAAAACUGUGGCCCAUCUCUCGCGAGAGUCCAGUGGUUUUGGGCUGGUUUAGCGUCAUCAAAGUCGUUUUUCAGAUAAACGAAUUCAAGAAAUUUGCCGAAAGCGAUCUUUUCAACGUGCAUGAUUACAUGGAGCUGUACAAUCUAUGCGUGAACUACGUAGAUCAGUCGACGGACCACAACAUCCAGAACUGCGUGAUGGAAUGCCUUACCGUAAUACUGUCCAAAGCGGCCGGAGCGUACAGGGCGGCCGUGCUGGAGAAACACCCGGCUCGGGUUGUAUUGGAGGAGAGGAAUUUAAAUAAAGGACACAGGAGGAAUAUUAGUUCGUCGAGUGUCAUAUCCUCAAGGUACGCGCCGAGUCCGGCCUCCGAGCAGAGAGAUAAUCUAGAGCUUUCGUUUACUGGAGCUUUGCAACUUGGAAGUCUAUUGCAGUUGAACACGCCGAGCUUGAGCGUCGAAGAUCUGACCAUACAGACUCCGGAGUCGCCGGCGAGCGAGGGGGAGGCACCGCCGCCCGACUCGGAGCUCCUCUCCAGAGACUUGUCGGAGAAACUUAAGGAGUUCGAAGAAACCGACAGCACCGAUACUGACCUGGAGAAAUGUUCCCACGACGCCGGGUUCAAGAUAAACAUAGGAUCUGUAGCCGAUGAUGAUGUCCCGCUAAAGUAUUGUGUGAGGUUGCUGGCUUCGAAGUUUUUGUUGGCUGGCAACAAAGGAGACCUCAUUCCUGAUCGGUCUGUGCGGGUCUCGUUGAAGGCGUCCGCGCUUAACUGCAUAUCGGAAGUAGUGCAGGUGUACCCUCAAGCGAUGACCUUGUAUUUGGACAAAGAUGCUGACGCGAAAAUCCAUAAUAUUUCCGGGUCAUCAGAGGGCACAGACUCGAACCAAGAUAACAUUAAUGAGUACAUAUUAGAGAGAAACGUCUGUUACCAGGAUUCCCUAACAGAUUCCUUAAGCCAAGAGCUGAAUAGGAGCAUCGAAGGUCACUCGAUUUGCAAAAAAGACAUAAAGUCCCUCGAAAAAAGCACAGAUAGCGGCGAGAAAAGCUCCAAGGACGCACCCAGCAUCGACAGUAAGCACAAAACGGACUUAAUGGGAAGCGCCAUGACCGAUAGCACGAAUCCCAACAUGACCAUUAGUAACUUCACCACAAACUCCAACAUGACCACGAGUAACGACCAGACCAGCGGAUACCCCAUGUCCAGCAGUGGGGACGUACUGUCCUCGAGCAUCGAUUUGGACAUGAAAUUCGAUCAUUUCGGAGAAUCGACAACCAAUCUGGACAAUCUCAAGGAUUUGGAACGCAAAACUGACAGGACGAAAAGAGCCUUGAAAAGGACCGAUGAAGUACAAAGCGCUGAUGUGGAGGGCUUGGUCGACAGCAAAGACGAGAAAGACUUUGAGUUUCAGCAUCUAUCCGAUGUUUUUCUGCUGCUGGAAGGUCACUGCGACCCGCAGAUCAGGGGUCUGGUCAGGGUCUGCAUUGGGAACUACUUGGCGGCCGCUCUGAAUGCCUCCCACGGCGAUUAUAAUAGAUGGAGAAACUUUAACUCGUUGCCUAAAGCCGUCGGAGACUGCAUGAGCGCUGGGGACCUGGUACAGAUCAUAUUGAAGGGUCUAAGGGAUGAAAUACAUUCAACAGUGAACCACAGCUUGUCAGCACUGACCGGCCUGGCCGUGGCCCUGUCGGCCAGCUCAGACUGGUCCCUGCUCGUGGAUGCGUUGACCUCGUUAGUGCACGUGGAGGCCAACACGUAUUGGCUGUGCAGGGUCAAUCUCUGUAAGCUCUACGAAAGGAUACCGUAUAAGAGAUUAUUCACACUGUAUCCGGGGUAUCGCGCUAGAAGUCGAAUGAUAAUGAACACGUUGAUUGGUCUGCUCCGCGACCCGGAUCAGAAGGUCAGGAGUGCCGCAGCGCACGCCAUAGCGAACGUUAUACCAACGAUAUACCCGCGAAGGAGACACACGCCGGCCACAAUGGUAACUGAGUUAGCUAAGGAGUUAACGGACGAGGUGUCUUUGGAUAGAGCGACGCUGUCGUUGCAAAUAGUACGCGACAUAUACUUCUAUCACGACCUCCCUCGGCAAUUGACCGAAGGGAACAGAACGGACGGCGACACCCUCAAGAUUGUUGUCGGAGACUUAAUGGGUAGACUGAUGGCCAGCAGCUGUAAACAUUAUUCGCAAGGCUUACUGGAGGCGCUACAAGCGAUACUAAUCAAGUGGACUCCUUGGAAACACAUAGACGCCUACUCCGGUCAAGGGAUCCUGGGCUAUUGUCUAGAUAACCUGGACUAUUGCAACACGAACGUUUCUAUGAGGACCCUUCUUCUGGACCUGUGCCGUUUGAUUUAUCCAGUUGAAGUGCACAACAUAAUGCGCAAAAGGACUGCUAGUAGAGAUAUAUUUGAACGCGAUUCGACUAGUAAAGGGAAGUGGCAACACCUCGACGGCGACAGGGUUGCCAGCUUAGCAGAGAAAUUUCUCCAAGUAACAUUGAAAAUGCUGAAUGUAUUGGUUCAUCUGAUUGAGGAAGUUAAUCCCAAUGUACAUUUGAAUAAGGGCGGGAUUGCCCUUCCCGGGAGUCCGGUUCGAAGGAAAACUCAAGAUUCUAUUCAAACUCGGAAGAAUUCGACGGCGAGUGAAAGCUUAGAUGACAAAGCCUCUCUAAAACGAAAGCCUUUAAUGCCGGCAACGAGCUUGAGAGCGAACUUUGUGGGACACUUUUAUAACGAACCGUUCUAUAUGAAAUUGUACGAGGGCUUAAGAGCAGCUUAUUCGAAUCAUAAGAUAAAUCUCGACCCUAAAUCGAGCAUAUUCCACACGUUUCUAUCGACCACUCUGGACUGCCUCGCCGUGCAACUGGAACUGUCCACCGAGAAGGAGUUCGGCUCCGUCACAGAAGAGAUCCUGUACUACCUCAAGGCAAUAAUGCCCUUAUGCGCCGACAAUACGGUCUAUUGUGUGACGCAGCUGUUGAAAUGUUUAUUCGGGACGAACAUGGUGGCGCAGUACGACGAUUACAUGAGCAUCAGCGACAAGAAUGAGGGCAGCCGGCAGACCAGCUUCUGUGAGGACGUGUGGACUCGCGCAGACCACGGCUCCAGGAGGAGCAGCGUCGGCUCGAAUGCGAGUCAGAAGCUGUGUCUGGACAUCAAGAACCCCAGGAUGGCGGCGGAGAGGCAACUGCUGAUCGCGCUGGAGAAUUUCGCCAAGAACAAAUCUGAUAGGAAGUGGAGUACCAAUAAGGAGGAGCUGGAGAAAUAUAUUAAGUUAUUUGAACCGGUUGUCAUACAGUCUUUGAAGAGCUACACAAUGCAAAACGACAUUCCACUCCAGCGCCAAGUGCUAAGUCUGCUGAACCAACUGUUGACCCUGAGGGUGAACUACUGCAUGCUGGACAACGAUCUGAUCUUCAUAGGCUUCCUGAUGAAACAACUAGAUUUAUUCGAACAACAUGAAAUACCGAAUUGUUGCGAUUUGGUGAACAGCAUCCUCAUGUUUUUGGUGCAACUGUCGUCUUCCAAGCAUCACACGAAGAAGAUCAUUGAAAUACCGAAAUUAAUCCAGUUGUGCGAUGGUCUGAUGGCGUCGGGGGCCCACGCGGAGUGCAUCGCCGGUCUAGAACCCGUCGCUGUCAAAGUCUUCAGCAGUAUGGGAGGUAACGUGUUAGGCCGAGCUCAACAGCAAGAGGCGCAGGCGACCAGAGAAGUGCUCUUCUAUAUGCUGCAGAAGACCAUGCAUCAACAGAAGGUGCUAGAGCUAGUGUCGUGUAUACUGUCUCUGACGCAAGAACACCCGGAGAGCUACUAUCGAUACUCGGAGCUGGCCACCGACACGUUGCUCAACUUGUUGUCUCAGAGGUCUGUAGAGCUGGACUCAUGUCUAGCAGUGUCGGCGCUAGAGCGAUUGCUAGAGACGGUGUAUAAGGACGUUCUGCUAGAGCAGAGCCGGGUCGAGGUGCUACUGAAGAUUCUGUUUAAAGCACCACCAGAUCAGUCCACAACGCCACCGAAGCUGAAACUCCGCUAUCUAUCAAUAAUAAUGGUGCUACUAAGGAAGGUCCUGGUACUGAUACCGGAGAGCGAGAUAUUAUUAUCGAUCAACUACUUGAAGUCGACCUGCGUGUCGCCGCAGUCGAUCUUCUUCAACGCGAAAGCGGACGUGGACCCGCUCAACGUGCUCAACGUGAACGAGAACUGCGCGAAUCUGUCCCCUGACGUGGUGCUCGUAAGGUUCCUUUUCAAAACGCUGACUUACGCCGUUACGGAAGUGGAGAAGAAUUACGAGCCGAAUCCGAAGUACGAUACCGACGAGAACAGGUUGCUGUAUUCCGUGUGCGUCAACAUCGUCGUGCAGGUCAAGCAGAUGUUGCAUUUGACUACUGGCUGCCUGUUCCCUCUGAUAUCGAAGACGGCGCAGAGUCUCCUGCACAACGAGCAGAGCGGCCUCAACACGGGCCUGUACAGUCCGGACGAGAACAUUCCACUCGACACACUCAACAUGAUAUGCCUACGAGCUGCCCACGCGCUGCCCCUGCUCACCGCGCACUGGUCCCAUUUGCUCAUCAGAUUGAACUUCCUGACGCACAAGUAUUGGCAGAAGCUGGUCGGCUUCGUCCGCAGCUUGCCGCUGGGCGCCGGCGGCGGGCUCGCGGCCCCGCUCAGGGUCGACGUGCUGCAGAUAGCCUGCGUCAUGGCUUACUGUGAAUAUUUCGUAGAAAACGGUCUCACCGAAGCGGUACAUCUAACCUGGCUACUGGUGAACAGAGUUCAUAUACUAGUCAGUCAGUUCUCUCAAACUCUGGUCCAGGGUCUCAUCUCCAGAGUUCAGCAGACGAGUGGAGCGUCCGGCUUGCUGCUGCAGGCCAUCGCCGCUAGAUGUCAGGGCUGUUUGAAGGACGAGUUCGCUUUGAACGUGUACAAGAUCCUGUCGUUUUGCCACGAGAGUCAGUCCGGGGCGCUGGUGUUCCUCAUAUGCCGGAUCAUCGGGAAACUGGAGCCCGCCAUCGCGGUCAAGUUCGCAAAACUGGCGAUAGAACGUUGUCGUGCGCUCAAAGACGUGCCGCCCGACAAUAUGAACGCGCAACUAUCGAAAGAGGACGUCCAAGUCGCGUUGGAGCUUUUGCAGCGGGACAAAGUUCACGUCAGGUACCCGGCGCUGGUGAUGGAAUUAAACUCUUUAGCGUCGAGCGUGUUCGACUUAUCGCCUCUCGACUUGUCGCAGGACCGAGCGAUCAACCCCCAGCACGUGCUGACCACCAAUGUCGAUUCUGGCUGGCUCUUGAACCAGAUUAAAAAUAGAUGCUGCAGGUCUGACUGUGUCCCGCCGAAGAUGUCGAAGCACAACCACCUGGCGGAAAUACUCUCGAACCUCUCCCACGAAGAUGUGAGCACCGUGAUGUCAUGUCCGGAAUUCGAAAGGAAAAUUCUAUGUUCGGCAUUUAAAGUGGCCAGCGACAGCUACUUGAGAGAGUUCCUCAAUGUCUACGCAGAAUACGAAAGGAAAGAGCUAGAGAAAGAUAAGGCAAGAGAACGAAUCGGCUUGAAGAGGGAUGAGGAGAUGACGUCAUCGAUCGACAGCAACAAACUAACAGUCGCGAACACGCUGCACGUGUUCAAGAAGAGCGACAACAAGGAAUCGAAAUCUCAAUUCUUCAUACCGAUAGCGGACAACGAGAAGGAGUUUGGGAAUUUGCAGCUUACUGACGACGAAAUAGAGUUGAGUUUGCCGGAGCUGCCCGUGAUGUACCGCGUCGCGUUAUCGACGUUCGACAGGUCCCUAAUUGAAGUUAUACGGCUGUUCCCGAAACAGAACCGGCCAUUGAGCCAGUCGGAGAACUUUGACUUGAGCGUUGAACACACAGUGGACCGUUAUACGCGCAGAUGCCACCAAGUGUUCCAAGACAAGCUGUUUUACCACGAGUACGUGACGCUGCAGACGGUACUGACCGGUUACUUGGACGCCGCGACCAGAAUAAUGAACGCCAUAGACGAGGCCGACUGUGAUCUAUUAGAAAAAUGCAUCGAGAACAUUCUGCCGCUGACAAUAGCCAAGAAUAUUUCGGUUUUUUGCGUCAUUUCCCUGCAGUACCUGUCGUUUUUGAUUAAGAACAAGAGUAUUGUCGAGUCGCCCGUGCACGCGGACGUCUCGUUUCGGGCCACGGACGCUGCGACCCGGCACGUGACAGUCGACAGCCUCGUCGCGGUGACAGUCGAGAACGUGUCAAAAGCCUUGGCCGUCAGAGAGAUCUGGAUGGAGUUGAACGCCGAUAGCAACGCUAAUAGAACCCAAUCGGCGAUCAGCUGUUUAUACGCCGUCGUCAAGUACUUGGUCAAGGACACAAAACCUCUCGUCCUAAAACAUUACAUGCGAACUGACGAUUCCGGUCCAAAGCCGGAUAUACUAAUAACCGGCGAUAAGCUGGUCACCCUUGUCGAAUACUGGGAGGACAAUUUCUACGCCGGUCAUGGAUAUGUGAUGCCCAAAUGCUAUAAAAAGCCGUUGGAGAGUAUGCUUGUCAGUUUGGCCAGAUUAGAUGUUGUGAGUAACGUGGCGCUUAUCCCACCGAUAGCCUGGUCGACAGUGGAGGUGGCCAUGAAAAAGGACCAACUGCAGAAGAUAGAGCUUCCGCUUCAAGCUCUCCAGGAUCAGGAUGUUCUGGAAGCUUUUCUAUUCAGGGUCAAUCUGAUAGGCUGGUCGAACAAGAAGCAGUUCGAGGAGAUAUGGGUGGGGCUGCUGGGCGCGCUGCAGGGGAACGGGCCGCACUGCGCCGUGCGCGGCGUCACGCAGCUGCUGCUGAGCGCGCUGCCCCGCCGCGCCGCCGCCCCGCUGCACGUGCCCCGCGCGCACCCCCCCGCACCUUCCGGCGGAAUGCAACAGUUGAGGAACAUUCUAGUCGGGACUUCGCACUACACUCUAUUCGACGAUAUCAAUUUGGAGAGGGUCGCCCUCCUCGAUGACGGCUUCGACGGCUACCAUUACGCACAGUUCAGCACGGCCUACCUGAAAAUGGCUUCAGAUAUCACUGACGACGCUCCGUUCAAAGUGCGGAAGGAGGUUCGGCGCGCGAGGAAGUGUAAGGAGGUCGACGUUAACAGCUGCCUGCAGAUACUCAUGGACGUGACGUCACAGAUGCUGGAGCCGAAGGCUGGGACGGGUCUGGCGGCCCGCGUGGCGCUGCUGUCGUGCGUGAUACACACGAGCGGCGCGUUCAGCCAGCCGGGCCAGUGGUGCUGGGCGGCGUCGCAGCUCAUCGCGCUCACGGGCCCGCAGCACGCGCGCCUCACGCAGUACAGCGCCGCCGGCCGCCCGCUGCUCACCGCGCUCUCCGCCUGCCUGUGCGUGCUCGACGGGUUCGACGGCCUGCAGGAACUGUCAACGGUUCACCAGAAGCUGGUCAAGUCUCUGUCGUCGUCGCACGCGCCGCUCCGGCAGGCGGCGCUGCAGGGCUGCCUGCUGCAGCUGUCGCAGCGCCCGCCCGCGCCCUGCCACGACCUCGUCGCGCAGCUCGACGUCGCCGUCAGACAAUACCUGCCCAGGAACAACAGGAUAUCUGUUUACGAGCAGAGCUUGUACUGGACCGUCCUGUUCGCGCUGGUCGAACUCGGACACCCCGACCUCGUGAACAUCGCCGUGGACUUCGUGCUCACCGACCCCACCCACUACUGCACCGAGCUAGUCGUCAGGGGCAUCGCGAGUGCGCUGAGGAAUCAAGUCCUCCCCAAGCAGCUCCGUAGCGCCGCGGUGGACAAGUUCCUGGGCAGCACCGACAGCCGCGCGGAACGACACGUCGUGCUGAUAUUGAUGCUGCAUCUGUUUACUGUAGACGACAAGCUGUUGAACUCGAAGAACGCGACCGACGUGUCCAACAUGGAUCCCGACGUGCUGAUGACGUCAAUGGAACGCAUAACGCUGCUCUACAAAACCCUGAAGCAGACUAAAGAAAGGGAGAGCAAGAGAAUAAUUGUAGCGGCCCUCAAAUAUUUCCUGAGGGAGACUCUACCGCCGGCCGCCACGUUGAGUAGAGUCGUCCUAGAGUUUUUGGACUGGUGUAGAGACGCGGAAAGGUUAAAUGCCGGCGUUUUAUCGGACAGAGAUAGAUUUAUCGAGUGCUCGGUCAUGAAUGCUGAAGUUGUUUUUGAGGUGUUCGAAGCGUCGAUAGCGCUGGAACAGCUGCCGGUACUGAGCGGCUGGACGUUCGAAGCGCUGGGGCACCUGUUGAGCGACAAGCUGUCGGCGGGCGUGACGCCGCACGCGCUACUGACGCUGCUAGUGGCGGCCAGUGCCUCCCCCCUCACCCGCGCCGCCGCCCCGCUCACCCGCGCCGCCCUGCACGCCGGCCUGCGGGCGCGCACGCACGCCGACCCCGCGCCCCCCGCCGACCUGCCCUACGCAGACAAGCGGCUGCUGUGCGUCGUCGCCACGCACUCUGACUACACCACCGCCCAACUAGAAAAACUAAAGGAGCUGUGCGAGCGAAACGAACGCCUGCAAGAUUUAACGGCAUGUUUGAAUUUGAAAUUGUCAAUGCAGUCGUAACUAUAAUUGAGACCGCAGAACUUAUAUUUCAAGAUGGGGGGGCGCGUUUGCGUUGUAGAUGCUGUAUGCGCUGCUGAAUGUGGCGUACACAACUCGAGAUUUAGAUAGGAAGAAAUCAUUGAUUAGUUAUAAAAUAUGAGUUUAUUAUCAAGUAACUAAUUCUAUUGUACUGUAGGCGCGCAAGUUCAUGUCCAUCCUGAGGAAUGCGGUAGUACUGUCACCUAGUUAAUUAUGGUAAUGUCGAUAAUAACUACCGAUUUAGUCAACAGCUGUUAGUUUGGUUUAAUGUAACUUAAGGUAACUUUGCAAUAUAUGAAAUAAAAUAAAUGUGAUAAUUACUCGUUUAUUUCUAAUAAAGAAAAAAAAAAAAACAAUUCAAUUACUAUCAAAUGAAAAGACAACCGACAGAUCAGAGUCGGAAUCAGUAUGUAUCUUUUUUCAAUAGGUUCUUUUUCUAUCUGAACUAGUUGGAAGCGGAGUAGUCAUGGUUAAAUAACACAAUAGCGUUAACGUCAAUUUUCGGUAUCGAUAAGCGCGCGUCACAACCGUCAAGGACAACACUCGACGUCAGACGAAUGCGGGGAGGCGGGCGGAGGCGGGGCGAGCUGUCCCCCGCGCGUCGCCUCUGGCCCCGAUGGACAUGAACUCGCGCGCAGAUUGUAUGUAGUGAGUACCGCUGUAUGUGAGUGUUGAAUGUGUACCGGCGCUUUAUACUAUGGUUUGAGUAAGGCAAUGUAAAAGUGAUGCUGAUGUGAAUGCGCGCGUGCCCUGUACGAUACACGACUCGUACAUAUGUCUAUGGGCUCCAGUAACCACUUAACACCGGGUGGAUUGUGUGCUGGUCCAACCAUCUAAGGAAUAAAUAAAAAUUAGAAUUUUUUUUUUUUGUGAACAUUAAAAAUGUAAUUAAUUUUUUUUAUUCGAUUUUAAUACUUUAUGAUAAGCGCUUGAUUUUAAAGAGACGGAAAGGUUACUAUGUCCUUUUCCAGACUAACAGAGACUGUUUAAUUUUACAAACUGAUAGAAUACAAAUGUUUAUAAGUCGUUCAAAGUAGGUAUAAAACUUAUUUUCUUAAAAAAAAUCUAGUUAAGUCACUACAAUUCUAAAUGUGAGCUCGUCCACCCAUCUAAGCAAUAAAUAAAUAAAAAGUUAAAACUUUGCCGCGGUGCAGAUGCGAGAUUACCUUGUCGCGCGACCCGCCGGCGUAUACGGCCUUAAUUCGAUUGAUCUAAGAUAAUAUUCUUAUUUCGAUCAUUCGAUUAUACAAGUGCUAAUUUAAUUGCUAAUUUUAUUGAAGAUCUCUAAAAAAAAUUCUUUUCUUUAUUUGCAUUGUGAUAGUUUUAAAUUAAUACGUUCGGUAAGGGAGAAGUUUCUAGAAAUCAAAGGUAGAUAUGUGCGCGUAAAACUACAACGAUGGUACUAUAUUUCCUUUCAUAAGACACCUCAAAUUUGAGUCGGAACCUCAAGAGACGAAAAAAAAAUCGUUGGAAAAACAGACGUCUGAAGUCAACCAUACAUUUUUAUAGAUAUUUUACUUAGAUUGAGAUAAAUAUAGGGAAAAGUUUAAAAAAAAUAGAUUAUUAUUAAGAUUAAUGAACUAAUACCUAAGUUUGCUUGGAAACAAGGUCUAUUAGUACAAGAUAAAAAAAUAGAUAAAAAACAACUGAUAUUAACAAAACAUUUUUUUUUAUUUUAUUAAAUUUAUUCAAUAAAUUUUGCCGUCUAUUUCUUAUUUCAUAUUUAAAUUAAAACCUAUAGUGAGGGGUAGAUCUCAGGGGUAUUUAAAACUAUGGGUUAGUCACCAGUAUCGAAUUUCGAAUUUUAAUCUUUCUUUAACACAAACAAUUUUCAAUUUUAAACAAUAAUUGCAUUUAGACGCGGGCGCACGCUAUUCACACUCAAAACGGAAGCGCCCGGAACAUAGAUUAUACACUGUUAAAAAGAUGGACAUAGAUACUAACUAUGUAUAGCGAGCGGGCAUACGGCCGCGAGAGCGACGUACCGGUCGGUUUGCUAUAAACCCUUUAUUUCAAAAACCAGUACACAGUAUCAUUGAAAUAUUAUUAAAAUUACCAUUUUAAUAUUACCAAUUAAAACAAAAUAAUAAACGUCAGCCCGUGUAGUUCGUGCUAAUACUCAAAUUAUAAAUGACUAGCUGUACCCGUCCGCUUUGCUGGCCAUUUAAAAUUAACAUUAUUAUUUCUCACCCCCACUAAGGUUCUCAUAAUUAACGCCCCCGCAACUGUUGUAGGGAGUCCAACGCUCAUAUAAAUAUUAGCCUAUCCAUUAAGUACAUGUAUUUUCUACAUGGAUACCAAGUUUCAAGUCAAUCGGAUGCAUGGUUCAGUAAUUAUAAGGGAACAUCCGUAAAAACCACUAGAUUUAUAUAUUAGUAUAGAAGUAUAGAUAAGCCUUUUAGCCAACAUUUAAAGUCUUUAAAUCUCCUUUUUAAAUCUAUUUUUUUAAACAGUCUCAUUGAAUUACGUAUGAUUUUUUUUCUCAAUGACACAGGUCAGUGGAUCUGUCUAAGAAAAAUCUGUUUUUUAAACUAAAGAGUUUUAAAGGUUUUACAUAAUAAAGGUUUUUCUUUACACAUAUGUAUGUAUAUCAGUCUCCGGUUCCCGUGGUACAGGGAAACCUGGUUUGGGUCCAGACGACCAGGUGUGACUUAUUCCUAACUGUUAUUAUUAUUAUUUAUUAUUAUUGUUACGCGCUGGGGUCCGGGAUAAAUAAAAUUUCACCAAAGUACAACUUAAAAGUGUAUUCAACACUUAAAACACUUAAACACUUUUAAACCCUCAACAAACACUUUAAAACUCUCAAUUUGCUUGUUCCGCUUCGAGUACUGACUGACUGCGUGCCAUCUCUACAACGCUUUUAUAGCCGAUACCACAUUCCUAGAAUGAUCGAGAAUAUUCCACACAUCUCUAGUAGUAGUUUCCGCUAUCUGACAACAGAUGGCGUUGUAAUUAUCGAGCAUUCUAGGUCGUUCGAUAUUCGUUCGACUAUUCGGCGAUAGAUGGCGUUGCUCUUACCGGCGUAACAUUAUUAUUCAAUAACUUUUCGAUAUUUGUGCCCCGUGUAACAAACCACUUAAUUCGUUUGGUACUGUAUAUUGGUGUUCGUUGGCGAGGAAGUUUCUGGAUUUUAAGCUUUGCGGGGCCAAUGGCGCUAUCAAAAGGCGUUAGACGAUAAUUUUUAAAUCUACCAAUGAUGUACUAUUAGUUGUGUGACUUUUCAGACUGAUUUCUGUUUUAGGAGGGCGACCGCGAAUGCGCGUUCUUCAAUACGAUUUCAAUGCGAUCGCCUUCCGAUAUAACAUAUAUACAUAAUAUAUCGAGAGGUGAAAGUUUGUUUGGCUUAAACGACAUUUCGCUUAGUAUUUACUAUUACUAUAGUAUAUACUAUAUAUUAUAUAUAUACUACCUUAGUAAAUAUACUAUAGUAUAGUAUAUUUACUAUAGUAUUUUGUAAUUAAACGUCCAUUUUAUUUGGUACUAGCCGUACUCGCCCGUUUCGCUGGGCAUUUAAAAUUAACAUUAUUAUUUAUUGUCAUUAUUAUUAGGGAGUCCAACACACUCAUAUAAAUAUUAGCCUAUCCAUUAAGUACAUGUAUUUUCUAUAUGGAUACCAAGUUUCAAGUCAAUCGGGUGCAUGGUUCAGUAGUUAUAACGCAACAUCCGUAAAAACCACUGUAAAUUUAUAUAUUAGUAUAGAUUAGUAUCAACAAUACAAUAUUUCUAAUUGAACUUCAAUUGUAAAUUAAGUUUACUCCAUUCAAAUAGCUGAAGAAGUAUUUAUUAUUAUUUUUUAUUGCGUAGAUGUGUGGACGAGCGCACAGCCCACCUGGUGUUGAGUGGUUACUGGAGCCCAUAUACAUUUACAACGUAAAUGCGCCACCCACCUUGAGAUAUAAGUUCUAAGGUCUCAGUAUAGCUACAACGGCAACCCCAACCUUCAAACCGAAAUGCAUUACUGCUUCACGGCAGAAACAGGCAGGGUUGUGGUACCUACCCGUGCGGACUCACAAGAGGUCCUACCACCAGUAAAAAAACAAUUAUAAAUUAAGUUCACUCCAUUCAAAUAGCUGAAGAAGUUUUUUUUUAUUGUGAUAUGUUCUUCAAAUUUUAAACCUUAAAUGGGUCUCCGGUAAAGCUGUAAAAGUGUCGCCUAAACCUUUCAUCCUUUCAUCCCUCGAUUUGUAUAUUAUUUAUGUAAACUUGUAUUUAUCAGGCUCAGGCCGCCACACCUAUAUAACGUCCAUUGCAAUCGAAAUGUUUAUUGCACGGUGUCUUGAAAUAUUUGAACGGUGUAUUUUUUUUUGUUUAUAUUUGUUUGUAUUUAUUUUAAUUAAUAAACGAUUAAUAUAUUAUGAAUCCAUGAAUUUAGACGCUUUGUAAUGUUGAAAAUAUAUUAUUAUAAAUUUGGAGAAGCCA